AUUCCUGAUUUAACAGCUGCGGGGUUCAUGAAUCAGUAACCCAGCGGCAGCAGCAGCGGCAGCAGGAGGUGAUUGCUGCAGUGGGGCCGUCGACGUGACUCCACAGUGGCAGCCUGACCCCAACUUCAACUGCGGGCGGUGAUGGCAGAAGCCAGCGGUUGCUGGGCCUCGUUCAGGGAACGAUGCUGCUACUGCCGCCGAGCGCACGACACUCGCGAAGUGGAUUCAGGGGGCGACCAGGUUGACCUUAGACAUCCCGAGCCGCAGCCGCUUCCGAGUGACGACAAGGUGGAUGAGGAGGUGGCGUUCGUUGCUCUGCACGACUACAAGGCGAGGGCCCAGGUGGACAUGAGCUUCAAGAAGGGCCAGAGAUUCCGCAUCAUCGAGAGGACAAACGCCGACUGGUGGCUGGCUCGCCCAGAGGAUGUGGACGAGGAGGCUACAAGAGGCUACAUCCCGGCCAACUACAUCGCCCCCGCGCUCAGCCUGGAGGCCAUGCCGUGGUACUUUGGGCUGAUGCAGCGGCAGGAGUGCGAGAGGCUUCUGAAGAAGGAGCCCAGGCAAGAGGGAAGGUUCCUGGUGCGCGCCAGCCCCUCGCGCCCCGACUCCUACUCGCUCUCCGUGUACGCGCAGAGCGAGGUGGUGCACUACCUCAUGACGAGGGGACCGGACAGGCGCGUGAGCAUCCAGGAUGGCCUGGCCUUCGCCUCCGUGCUGCAGCUGGUGGGGCACUACCUGGAGGCGCCCGACGGGAUGGUCUGUCCCCUCGGCCCGCCCUGCGAGAAGGAGUACGUGCCAACCAUCAGCAGCCUGAGCCCGGAGCUGUUCAACGAGUGGGAAGUGCCACGCGAGUCCAUCGAGCUGGGCGAGAAGCUGGGAGCGGGCCGGUUCAGCACCGUGUUCGAGGGCCGGUGGAACGGUCGCAUCAGAGUGGCCGUCAAGAUCUUCAAUGUGGAUUUGGGGCAGAUGGAGGGAUCCUGCAGCGACGAAGGCAACGGCCAGCGCGCAUCGUCGCAAUCCACGACCCCGAAGGAUUUCCUGAGCGAGGUGAAGAAGAUGACUCUUUUCAAGGACGAGAACGUCCUCAAGAUCUUCGCCAUCUGCCAGGACCGCUCCGCCUGCUGGAUCGUCACAGAGCUCAUUCCGAACGGCAGCCUCCAGCUGUACCUGGGCCGAUGCAGGCAGGAGCUGGGCCUGGCGGACAUGCUGUUCAUGGCGCACGGCGUCGCCUCGGGCAUGGAGUACCUGGAGAGCAACAAUUACAUCCACUGCGACUUGGCGGCCCGCAAUGUGCUCGUGGGGGACGCCGGAAUCUGCAAGGUUGCCGACUUUGGGCUCGCCCACUUCCUGAAGGGUGACUACUACCAGAUCGCGGACGGCAUGCACGUGCCCAUCCCAUGGACCGCCCCGGAAACCAUAGAGCAUGGCGUGUACACGCGCGAGUGCGACGUGUGGUCAUUCGGCGUGGUCCUCUACGAGAUAUUCACCUUCGGGGCGAUGCCAUACUCAGGGAUGACGAUGCAGAACGUCCAGUACUUCGUCUGUACAGGGGGCCGGCUGGAGAAGCCGGAAGGCUGCCCAGACGCCGUGUACCGGAUCAUUCUCAAGUGCUGGCACGCGGAGCACAGGAAGAGGCCGUCCUUUGCAGACCUCAAGCCAGAGCUGCACAGAGUCUCACUGGCUUACCAGCGUGAAAAGGGCGGCUUUUAAACGUCGCAGAAACUGGGGGACUUUAAAGAAAGCCCUUCGAGUCCGACCAGGAACUUGCACGUGGACUAUGUACUCACGAGUGGCCAGGUGGGUCGUCAUGGCCGUGCGGGAGGCAUUGAGCCGAUGCUGCUGGGAAUCGGGUUUUGGGAUCACGGUGUUUGUUCUCGGCCACCCGUGCGAUCGAAUCGGCUUCAGUCCACAUGUGGCUCGGAGGUCAGAGCGCCGGGCCGGGACGGCUCAGCUCCCGGGUUCUGAUCCUGGCAGCCAGCCACUUGCAUGCAGCUAAACUGGGUUCCCAAGUACAGUGAGUUGAUGGUCUCAGCUCUUUGACCAAAAACUUACGUAGAGACCCGUAGACUCACACUGAGUUGCGAUUAAACUAGGUCCUCAAGUAUAGUGAGUUGGUCUCAGCUCCAUCACUAAUGAUUGCACAACAACACCAUCAAACAUGAUUAAGUUUGGUUUUUCACUCACAUUUUGUCAAAAAUUAGUUCUGAGAUUUAAAAACAUCAGUUCGGCUGUCGAGCAAUGCUCGCAUGUGGCAGGGAGGGUGGGAAAUAAUAUUGUCGAAUAUUAAAACAAUAUAAUAACGUUGGCUUAUGUGCUAUGAAGAAGGGUGAUUGCCCGAAAGAUCAACGAUUAUACAUUCUUAUUAUGUAUAACAAGCUGUAAAAUGGGCUAAAUGGGGAUGUUCAUGGCAAUAUUGGGGCUCUUGGUAAGGAAGUGGAUCAAGCAGCAGGCACAGCCACAACCCCGGCACUCACGGCGGCAUUUGGAGGACGCCACUGCCGCCCCCUGCACUACAGGGGACACGUUCUUGUCGCGAGAGACUCUCCGGCUGCGGUGGCCGAUCGCGAUCCACGCGUGGACGACCACAAAAUAUCCCGUUGGGAUCUGGGGAGAAUGAGCGGGGACCGUGUGGGCGGCGCAGCGUCAUGAGCGGUCAUUGUUCUUGUUCUUAUUGUUGUGAGAUAUCGGGGACCGCACGGAAUGACCCCUUUCAGCAGAUGCGCUCCUCUCCUGCCCAUCGACAGGCAUGGCCACCAACUGCUGUGGGCCUGGCUGUGUAUGCGAGUGACUCGAUUUCACCUGCGAGUGGACAUGCAGGCACGCAGCAAUUCCACACAUGCUCCGGCCACGAGCAGACGUCCCACGGAUUGCCAACCAUUCGCAGUUGCGACUCUCUCUUAUCGGUUUCUCUACGGACUCGUUUGUAUUGUUUCAUGUAUUACCAUUUCAAUAGUACUGUUUUGCUUGUACUGUUCCAUGUAUAUUUAUUCGAUUCGCUCCCAUGCGGUUGGUUAAACUAGCACAAAUGUGGGUCUGUAAAUGCGGUGAUUUUUUCCUAUAAUUGUUUACUCCCGUUUGUAUUAUUUCUCGAUUUGGCUCAUUUGUAUAGUCAUUAAUACCCAAUAAGCCUACAUUUAAAUUAAUUGUAAAUAGUGUAUUCUAUUAGCUUCGAUUGUUUUACAUGUAUCAUGAAUCGGUGUCUUAUGUCAUGCGUACUCAUGGCACGGUAGGAUAUUAAACAACCUGUGAACGGAGUGAAGCUCCAUGGCAGACUUCAAGUGGCAGACUGCAAGCCACAGCCGGGAGGCCACGGUGGUGGUGGUGGUGGCUACGCUGCUGCACGAGGCAGCUGUGCCCAGCGUUGUGGAGGAGGCAGCAGCAGCAGCAGCAGCAGCGAGGGUUGGUGGAUCACCACACAGAUCCUGUGAAACUCCUGUCCUGUGGGCGUCGAGGUGCCAUACCCCCCAGGCACAGCAACAAUGGGGACUCCAGCUGAUCCGUCUGCGUGGAACGGAGCGUUUCCCCCUCGUGCGCUUGCUUUCCUGCCAUGGUUUGCACACUGGACGAUGCGGUUCAGGAUGUGUGGUCCAUGAGCUUAUCGGCGGGAGAUCUCAGCCAGGAGUCUCCUCUCACGAGGUGUUCGUGACUUCUUGUGGAAGUCCAUUGCUGCCAUCCGAGCACCAUCAGGGUUGAACUCACUUUGUCGAAGGUUGAGCGACCUCAAACGGUGGUGCGGAAGGUUCUUGAUGGCCUGGUGUAUGGGUAAACGGACGUGUUCCACCACAUCGCAGUGUAGGACCAAUGUGUAAUAACCACGGACACACAACUUCCCACUUCCUGAUAAUCUUGGUUAGUAUUACACCACUCGCAAAACAAUAAAACAACCGGCUGACUAUUUAAGUGAGAA